GGGAGUUCCCCUCAGAUCCAGGUUUCCCUCCCCAACUCUCGCAUACUAAGCCAGCCAGUUACCAUUAUGUCCAGCCGUCGCGGUGUUGGUCUUGGGGCAUUUGCCCAUCGGAAUCAGGCCACUCAGUCCUAUGCCACCCAUGGCGCGAAUCUGCGAUCCACGCACCUCUCCUCCCUCCAGACCCAGCUAUCCGUAUUCCAAUCACUACUCCACACCUUUGCAUUGGAGCAUAGCUCGACAAUAAAGUCAAAUCCAACAUUUCGAGCCGAAUUUGCUCGCAUGUGUAAUGCGAUCGGGGUUGACCCUCUCGCAGCCAGCAAUAUCAAGGGCAAAAAUGGCCGGAAAGGACUGGGCGAGGGCGGCAGUUUUUGGACUCAGAUUUUAGGUGGAGAUAUGAAUGACUUCUACUUUGAAGUUGCUGUCCGAGUAGUUGAAUUGUGCCGAGAGACGAGGAGCGAUAAUGGAGGCUUGAUAGGAGUUGAAGAGUGUCGAAAGAGGGUAGGGAAAGGAAAGGCCAUCGGGAGCGGGCUGGAAGUUACAGAUGAUGACAUUCUCCGCGCCGUGAAGUCACUUGAACCCCUCGGCUCUGGUUUCUCCAUCACCAACGUUGGCAACAAGCAGUACAUCCGAUCGGUUCCCAAGGAACUCAAUACGGACCAGGCCACUGUGCUUGAAGUUAUACAGAUUUUGGGAUAUGUAAGCGUAUCGAUGCUACAGUUGAAUCUAAAAUGGGAGAAGGCUCGCGCACAGACAGUCAUUGACGACCUUGUUGCCGAUGGUCUUGUUUGGCUGGAUGCUCAAAGCGAAGAGAACGAGUACUGGUCGCCCCAAAACCUAUUGGACGACAGUGGAUGAGAUGCUGCAAUGGGAUUGCAAAGCAUCUUAUUUCUACCUCCAAAGAGGAACGCCUAUUCUAUGGCAUGCCCAAACGAUACCCCUGGGGAAAACAUUCAUUCCCAGCCCCGACGCCGGUCUGAACCGUCCACGUUGGCCGCUUGUUUGAACAGCUGCAGUGUGAAACAGAUAUUUUUCCACUCAAAUCCUUGUUCAUCCUGAUAUUUCAAUGAGAGUUCAGACAAAUGCUGCCAAGAGUCCGCAAGCUUGUCCUUGUGAUACUUGAGGUCAUCUUGAGUCAAGCGUCAACGAUGAUCUCUUCCAUGCAUCAACGCAGAAUUUCUGCUAUUAACCCAAAUUAUAUGUUAUUAAAUACACGAAUUCCGUGUUAAUAUGUAGAUAUUAGCAGUAUCUCAGCGUUAUUUUCUCUGGUUUUUUUUGAAGGACCACAUUCCUACUCCGAUGAGGAUAUAUAUGCUAGUUAGAGCACCGAAUAUACAAUUGACAUCGAACGCAA